UACAUAUUACAUGCUUGUUAAACUUCAAUUUUAAAAUAUUAAAAGAUUUAAGAGACAUUUUAUGAGAAUUUAUGGAUAUACACACUUUCUUAGGAUUUCAUUCUGUGUUUUCAUCAACUAAGUUGCCUUAUCAUUUUGUUUCAAGCUGUGUGUUCCCAGAGUUGGCUCGGGACCUCUACAAAAUAACGGAUCGCAAACAGCUAUUUUCCCGAGACUAGCGAAACAGUGUCAAAUAGCUUUCUCUCGAUCUAUGCAUACAAAUAUGUCGGGUACAACUGAAGGUUCAACUUAUCCUAGUGACAAUAACACACAAGAUACUUUAACCCAGAAUGCUUCUAGUUCUAACCCACAGGAUACUAAUUCCGAGAAAUCUAAGAUCUAUGAAGGGGUUUUACUGGGGCUUGGCAACCCUUUAUUAGAUAUGACCAUCACAACUGAUGAGGCAUUCCUUGAGAAGUAUGAUUUGAAAGCUAAUGAUGCGAUCAUUGCCGAGAAAAAGCAUGAAGCUAUGUUUGAGGAAAUAACUGAACGUUAUAAGCCUAUGUUUGUUGCUGGGGGUGCCACUCAGAAUACGAUGCGGGUAGCACAAUGGUUGCUCGGUGUGCCAAAAUCAGUGACAUUUGUAGGCUGCGUAGGGAAGGAUGCGAUGGGAUCUGUACUCAAAGAAACUGCAGAAAAUGUAGGGGUCGGUGUCCACUAUCAAAUUCAUGAGUCGAAAAAUACCGGAAAAUGUGGCGCAAUUAUUACCGGAGAGAAUCGAUCUUUAGUAACUUCACUUGGAGCUGCACGUAGCUUUACUCAUAAUUUCAUCAAUGAACAUUGGGAGUUGAUAGAGCGAGCCAAGUUCUUUUAUAUUGGUGGAUUUGUGUUCCCCGUGAGUGCUGAAUCUAUAAAAGAGGUAGCCGAACACGCUUGUGAUACUGACAAGACUCUCAUUAUGAACCUAUCUGCUCCAUUUCUAUGUGAAUAUUUCGCUGAUCCUGAUAUUGGCAUUAUGCAGUAUAUCGAUAUUCUCUUCGGGAAUGAAACAGAAGCCGCAAAAUUUUGUGGCCUCCAAGGAAUAAAGGCGGAUACUAUUCAGGAGAUGGCGCUCAAAACGGCUGCCCUACCCAAGAAAAACACAGGACGGGAACGCAUAGUGAUCUUUACCCAAGGACGGGAUCCAACAAUAAUUGCAACUGAUGGGAGAAUUACUGAGCACCCUAUAUGUCCAAUCGAAAAGGACCUCAUAAAAGACACAAAUGGCUGCGGGGAUGCAUUUGUAGGAGGGUUUUUAUCACAAUUAGUUCAAGGGGCCUCUUUAGAUGAGUGCUUGCGAUGUGGUAACUAUGCUGCUAGAACCGUCAUACAAUAUUUUGGGUGUACUUACCCUAGUAAGCCAGACUUUAAGUGACAUCAUCAUGUUUAUUUGUGUUCAUUACAUUUUUAACUAGAAUGAGUUGGUUCAAUUUAGCGUUGGAAUUAUUUAACAAUUUGUAAUAUUCCUGCACAACUUUUUCACUUGAGAGAAUCUUAAUCAAGCAGAGAUCACAUCCAGCAUAAAAAGUAGUUAUUGAUCGGGAGGGAUUUUUUGUAAGAAAUAUCCCACAAGAGAUAUUUUGCAUGUAACCAGGAAAGGUGAAAUAUUAAUUGAUGAAUUCUUAUUGAGCUCAUUUGAUGCAAUUUUACAGAUAUCAUCCUGACAUUUUUCUCUAUCUCAGAUUUGGGAUUAAUCACUUGUUAUCCCAACGAACGAAGUUCGGUAGGGAUAUAGUGAAGCCCUCCGUCCGUCAGUCCGUCAGUCUGUCAGUCCGUCAGUCCGUCAGUCAGUCAGUCAGUCCGUCCGUCCGUCCGGAAGAUAACUCAAAUAUUAGUUGACGGAUUUUCUUCAUAUUUGGUGGAAAGAUGUAUAUUGAUGUAAAGUUUUACGCAAAAAAAAAUUUUUUCAAGAUGGCCGCCGCUUUAAAAAUGACGGGACUUUUUCGUAAAAAUCAUAAAUUUUUCAUUCUAAACCAAAGUAAUUAAUAUUAUUGUUUGAAAAUUUGGUAGUAUAUUUGCAACAUCUAUCUAUUUCACAUAUAUUCCGUGUUUUUCAUCCUGACCCCCAGGGGCGGUGUAUGGGGGUCAGGAAAACAGAAAUUUUCGCUAAUUUUUAGAUCUUUCUGAAGUAUAGCUUUAUUAUACUCAAAUGAAAGGCAAUUAAGAGUAGAUUGCAAAUAUUGUAUCUUUUUUCUGAUUCGAGCCUCGUAAAAUUCAAAAUGGCCGUCUAAUGUACGAUUUCGCAAUAAUUUUUCGAUCCCUUCAAAGUAUGGCUGUAUUAUACUCAAAUUGAAGGAAUUUUAGAGUAGAUCACAAUUAUGGUAUUAUUUGUCAGAUUCGUACCUCAGAAAAUUCAAAAUGGAUUUUUUAAGAUGGCCACAGCUUUAAAAAUGACGGGACUUUUUCGCAAAAAUCAUAAAUUUUUCUUUCUAAACCAAAGUAAUUAAUAUUAUUGUUUGAAAUUUUGGUAUUGUAUUCGCAACAUCUAUGUUUUUCACAUAUAUUCCAUGUUUUUCAUCCUGACCCCCAGGGGCCCGUGUAUGGGGGGUCAGGAAAACAGAAAUUUUUAGAUCUUUUUGAAGUAUAGCUUUAUUAUACUCAAAUGAAAGGCAAUUAAGAGUAGAUUGCAAAUAUUGUAUCUUUUUUCUGAUUCGAGCCUUGUAAAAUUCAAAAUGGCCGUCUAAUGUACGAUUUCGCAAUAACUUUUCGAUCCCUUCAACGGAUGGCUAUAUAUUACUCAAAUUGAAGGAAUUUUGGAGAAGAUCACAAUACACUGUAUUAUUUUUCAGAUUUGUACCUCAGAAAAUUCAAAAUGGGUGCUUUGCAGGAAUUCGCAAUUCUAAAAUCUAAAUUUUUCAAUUUUAACCGAAGUAAUGAGUAUAAUUGAUUGGAAUUCGGUAAUUGAUAUUUUGUUCGUUGGGAUUUGCUACUCCGCGGAGUUGCCAUUAUCUAGUUAUAUUCCUGAUAUUGCCCUCUCCAUGCUUUAACUGCUCUGAAAAUUAGAUGCAUAUAUAUGUACAUUGCGCAUGACUGUAUAUGUUACCACAACCAGUAACCUCAAAAUACUGUGAUUCCAUUUGUGCCUUCAAAAAAUAAAUAUAUUGUUUGUUAUUCUAUAUACUGUUUAUUUAUGUGUUAAUGAUGACUUGAAUUUAACAGUGUCAGUUUUCACCUUAUGCAAAGGGAUCGGAUUUUAACAUAAGUGUUUGGUUACAUUGAAAACACAUAGCUUGCUUAAUUUAAUAUCUAUGAAAUAGCCUGGAAUUUGAUAUAAAUAUCAACUGGUACUAAACAAUUAUGACUUUCAAAAGUUGUGUAGCUAUUUUUACAUUUGAUAUUUUUGCCACGUCUGCUCACCCCU